AUGGUAGAGCAAAAAAAAGAAGCGAAACAGGCCACAAUGUUCACGUAUUUUUCGCCGUCAAAGUCUGGUCGAGAAACAGAUGAAAAUGUUGCAAAAUUUAAGUCUCAAAGCAAUUCAGAAAAGCGGCCACGAGCCACGUCAUCUGUUGUUAAAACGCAGAUUCCAUCUUCGAUUUCCUUGAAUAGAUCGGAAAAUAACAGUCAAAAGAGAGCUAAACCAGCCAACUUGAAAGUUGAGUUCAAAACCAAAGUCAACGACAAGACAAAGACUUUGCAUAAGACCAAGUCUCGAACAAAAAAUCAUCCAGUUCGUUUUAUUUCUCCCCAUGCUAUGGCAGACAGUGAUGAAGAUGACGAUGAAGAUGUUUUUAAUACUCCAGAAGCUAAAAGAGCUCGAGCAGAGCUAGAAGCAGGUGGAGAAAUAGUACCAGCAGGAGCUCCAAUCUCGGGCGACUCGAUUGUGAAUAACCCAGAGGUGGUGGAUAUGAGUGGAGAGAAUAAUAUUGUCAUUAACACAGAGAAAAUUAAUAGCAAAGAAAAGAUUGGAGCCGGUGUUGAUUUGGUCGACAUGGCAAGAGACGUGAUGAAUUGUACAACAGAAACGAAGACGAAAAGAGCUAAAGUAAAGACGGGAAAGUCGCUAGCAAAUGUUAAAAAGCAGUACUUGGUAGAUGAUCCAUGCGCUGAUUUGAAGAAUUUAAAAGAGCCGUUGGAUCCUGCCAUUCAAGCUCGGGUGGAUACCUACAAGCUCAAGACCGAGGAAUUGACUCAACGAUAUACAAAACUCUUGCAGUCGACUCAAGAAAGCGACACAGUGAUGCAAGAUAUUUACGGUGCUAUUUUGGAUAGGAAUCUGCGAGUAACAGUGAAAACUGAAAAAGCACAGGAAGCUCUUCUAGAGACGUGGCGAAAGAUGCAAGAUCACGUGCUUUCCUCUUGCGGUACCGGAUCGGUGAUAGUGCCUUCGAGCGUCGAGUUUCCGCAUGAAGUAAAGUGCUUGAUUGCGAAGGAAAUUCAAGGCUGUACUGCAAGCCUAUCAGUUGUCACAAGCGAACUUUUAAAGUCGCUUAAGAAACAUUUAGAAGGUGACGGUAUGAACCAAUGUAUUAUAGAUGAUAAAAGAGUAGACAGCGGUGCCUCGGUUGCUCUGGAAAUGGAGGUUAAAAUGCUAGCCCAGCGAACUUCACACGGCGUGCGUCCAGCAAAGGCGAAUGUAUACGAAGACACAAGUGUGGAUGCAUUAUGGGUUUGGGAGGUAGGUAAUUUGGACAAAUAUUUUGAUGACGAAGCGCAGAAAAUAAUCAAACGAAUGCGAAAGAAUCGCAAGCGUCUGGGUCAGCAAUUAAAGUCACUGGCGCGAGUCGUUCAUCUGCUGCAUCAGAAACCCGUCGACGAAGCCAAAGUGAGUGCAGAAGAAGCGAAAGUAGGCAAGUUUGGUUUUGUCAUCAAUGCUGAAUUACAAAAGGCAAAGGACCGUGAAAUGAAAGAACAGGAUAAACGCCAAGCUGCAUUGGAGAAAAAACAGCAAGAGCGAGAGAGGCAACAUGCAAAGGAGGCCAAGGAGGAAGAAAAGCGUAAGCGCGAGCGUGAAGAUGAAGAGAAGAAAAUUGCCGAGUCAUCCAAGCGGCAAAAACGAUUUAUGGCAUUUUUUGACGCUGCAAACAGCACAGGAACUAGUGUCUCAGCUUCCAGCGGCCAAGACACAAAGAGAAUUGCAGACGUAGAUACAAGCCAAAGUGCCGUGAUUGCUCGUAUGGAUGCAGAAAUUAGCUUUUUGAGAUCGGAAUCAAACGCAGUAUCUCUCGUUUCUUCUGACAAAUUGGAUUUACCUCAACCAUCCAUUAUGUCACUUUUAAAAAACAAAGCAAGUACCAAGAAAGUGGUAAAUAACGCAUUUUUGAAUGGAUGGAGUGCUAGAAGGCAUCGUGAUUCGAAGCGAGGCGUGAUGAAGCUGCUUCAAUUUUUCGAAAACAGCCGACCAGCGUAUUACGGCACAUGCAGUACGCGACUUGCAAUCUUUCAUGGUGGCCGUCGACCAUUAGCACAGUAUGUGAACUUUGAUUAUGCUGUUGAUAGUGACGAUGAGUGGGAAGAGGAAGAGCCAGGUGAAAGUUUAUCAGAUGAUGAGAAUGAUGGUGAGGAGUCGGAUGAAGAUAAUUUGGACUACGGAGAUCAAUGGUUGGCUUACGAAGAUGAAGUGGACUACAUGGAUGGCGCAGAAAUUGAAGAAGACCCGAUAGAAGGUGGAGACAGGACCUUGUCACCCACAAAGCACAAACUACCAUCUCAGCUUCAAAGGAAGCGCGUUAAGGCUAAAGUCGCCAAGCCUACAAAAUUAGAGCCCCAAAUUCUCGGACCAUUUUGGAUUAGUGAGAGCAAUGAGAUCUCAAAAAAUUUGGUAUCUGGUCUGAAGGGUGAGCUGCUGUGCGAGCCAGUGUUUGAGUCCACGAUGAUGCGGAAGGCUCGUGAACACGAAGAAGAAUGCGAGCGAUUAGAAAUAGCACGCAUAGAGCAAAAACGGACGAAAGAAGAACAGCAACAUCAGGAGGAGUUCAAGGCACGGGAAAUGAAGAAGAAGCCUGAUGCGAUGAAAGAGGCGGGGGAGACUGCAGCUAAGUCUCCACCGCAAAAAGCGCCGACACAAAACUCGACAGCGAAAGUAUUGGCCGAUUCCUUAACCACAGUCACGACAACUCCAGUCUCAGUGAUCUCUCCACUCAAAAUGUCGGGUCCUCAGAUUGAUUUCUUCUUCAAAAAGGUGGAAAGGUCAGAGUUUGUAGCGCGGCAGCAGUCACAGUCAGCUGAUGAACAGAAAUUGAACCAGGCUGAACUAUGA